AUGGUUUUAAUCAAGGACACUUAUUUCCAAACGACAAGAAGUCAUACUGAAGAUACGAUUGAUAGAACCUAUAAUUUAGAGACUCGAGAUGAUGAUGUAUUCCUGCUAUCUUAUCCCAGAACUGGAACGACCUGGACUCAGAACAUCAUGCUGGCUCUUAAACGAGACACAGAGUUCCUGAAAGAGGUCACGGAUGGCGAGACGCUGGCUCAUCACUUUACAUUCCUAGAACUAGUAUCCCACUUUUUCACGGAACCUGUGGAUGUCAGAGUCGCGAGGCAAGAGUCCCCGAGGUUCUUUAAGACUCACUUGCCUGUACAAUCGGCGCCCAAAGAGAUCCAAGAGAAACACCGGAAAUGCGUGUUUAUAUUUCGAAAUCCGAAAGACUGCGUUAUCAGCUUUCACAAGUUUUACCAUUCGAACGCUCGGCUUGAUGCGCCAGAAAGUUUUGACUCUUUCGUGAAAGAGUUUCAGGAUGGAACUGUGAACUACGGCGGCUACUGGAAUUGGUGCAAAUACUGGUUCAAUUAUAUCAACAAGAAUCCUGAAACAUGUUUCGUGAUGUUUUACGAGGAUUUGUUAGCUGAUUUCGACUCCAAUGUUAGAGCACUGGGAAAGUUUCUGGGCUUUGAACCAUCGGAUGAGAAAUUAAAGGCAAUUAAAGAGGCAACUUCAAUUGAGAGUAUGUCUAACAGGAUUCAAAUUUUUGAUUCGUUCAUUGGACAAGGACAGUCAAAGUCAUACGAGAAGAAACUUUCAAAGGAAGUGAUUGAUGAUUUUGACAGACGGACGCGGGAGAGUCUCUCGGACACUGGAUAUCUUGACAAGUUUCUGGUGUAA